AUGAAGAGAAUUUUUAUCUUUGCUUCCAUUUUCUAUAAAUUACUUCUUGUCUCAAACGGUGACAAUGAUUAUUCACCAUCAACCACACCAGCUUCGGAUUGCUCUGCCAUAGUAUAUGAUGUGCUUGAGUGCAUUCCAUAUUUGAGUGCUGGGAGUGAGCAAACAAAGGUAGAUGCUUUAUGUUGUUCCUCAUUUGAAGCAGUUCUGGAAAUAAGUCGGGAAUGCAUUUGUGUAGCCCUAAAGGGUAGUCGUGAACUUGGUCUUACCUUGAAUAUUGCAAGAGCGAUUGCUUUGCCUUCUGCUUGUGGCUCAUCUGUUCUUUCCUUUACUGAUUGUGACAUUCUCGGGUCUCCCAUGACACCCCCUGUUAACCCUCCAAAUUCAUCACCAACGGCUCCAAGCCCAUCACCAUCAGAGUACACUCCAAGCCCAUCACCUCCAGAGUAUACUCCUCCAAGCUCACCAACUACUCCAAUCCCAUCAUCACCAAAAUCUACUCCUCCAAUCCCAGGCCCACCAGUGUUUACUCCUCCAAGCUCAUCACCAUCAAACCCUACUCUUCCAAGCCCAAACCCACCAAAAAAAACUCCUCCAAGCCCAUCACCACUUGAUUAUGCUCGUCCAAGUCCAAGCUCACCAAAGACUACAUUUCCAAUCCCAUCACCACCAAAGAAUGCUCCACCUCCAAUGUUGCCAAAACCACCGACUCUAGUGCCACCAAAUUCAAAUACUCCAGUUCCAGCAUGCUCAAACAACAACACUAAAGGAGGAAUGUUUGCUCGAGCUCCUCCAGUCUCAUCCCCAGUAGUACAUGCUGGAACCUAUUCUACAUCAGUUUCAUUUGUUAUUCUUAUACCAGCAUUUGGAGGAUAUAAAUCUUUUGGUUUCAUUAGAGGAUUCUUGUCACAAGGGAGAAAGAUGUCAAGUGAUUCCUCUACAAAAUCUUCAGCGGAUUCUUUUGGAAAAGCUUUGGUAGAGACUUCUGCAAAACCUUUGGCGGUUAGGACAAUGGUUUCUAAUGCCAAAUUUGAAGUAGAGAAAUUUGAUGGAAUGAAUAACUUUGGCAUGUGGCAAUGCAAAGUUAUGGAUGUCUUGGUUCAACAAGAGUUGGAUAUUACUUUGGAAGACAAACCUGAAGGAAUGUCAGACAAGGAUUGGGAAAAGAUUAAUAGAUAA